AUGGCGUCCCUCCCACAAUACAAAAAAGACUUCCUCAGCACCUGCAUGUCCGCCGGUAUCCUCAAAUUCGGCACCUUCACCCUCAAAUCCGGCCGCGAAUCCCCCUACUUCUUCAACGCCGGCUCCUUCUACACGGCCUCGCUCCUCCGCGCCCUCUCCACCGCCUACGCGCGCUGUCUCCUCGCCAGCCCGGCCGUCGAAUUCGAUAUCCUCUUCGGCCCGGCCUACAAAGGUAUCCCGCUCGCCACCAGCACGGUCGAUAAACUGGGCGAGCUCGCGCCGGAGAGGUACGCGGAUCUGUGUUAUAGUUUUGACCGCAAGGAGGUGAAGGAUCAUGGCGAGGGAGGGGGGAUCGUGGGGGCGCCGCUGAAGGGGAAGAGAGUGUUGAUCGUGGAUGAUGUUGUGACGGCGGGGACGGCGAAACGGGAGGCGAUUGGCAAGAUUAGGGGGGAGGGGGGCGUGGUGGUGGGGAUUUUGGUGGCGUUGGAUCGCAUGGAGACGGUUCCUGGGGAUGAGGGGGGGAGGAGCGCUAUCGGGAUGAUUGGGGAGGAGUUUGGCGUGCCGGUUUUGAGUAUUCUGUCGAUGGAUGAUAUUAUUGGGGCGUUAGGGGACAAGGAGGGGGGAGAGGGGGAUAGGAAGAGGAUGGUUGAGUAUAGGGAGAGGUUUGGGGCGAAGGUUUGA